CGGGGCUAACUCAGUUUAAGGAUUUGGGCGUCGAGCAUAGCCAUCACGAGGCGGUUCUGGGCUUAGCCGCAAGGACACGAUUCAGAUCGGCGGUGACCAGAAGCACUCAAGCACGGCGGACUCUGCUCACAGGACGGUGGAGCAGGGCGAGCGGAAUAGCGGAAUAGCGAGGAGAUGUCGUCGCUGGGGACAUCGAAAGGGUUGCUGGAGCUCGGGAAGUUUGCGGUGUACGUGACCGUCCCGAUCGGUCUCACCUACGCCGUCGCCACCGACUCCAAGACACUCCACAAGAUCAUGGGAUUGCGUCAAUAUGUGGUUUAUCCUCCUGAGGGUCCUCGGCCCCCAUCACCAGAGGAACUACGAGAGAUGGCACGAGAGAUGGCUCGCAAGAAGAACAAUGAUUAAAUGAGCUGUAGUUUAACCAUGAUGGUAGUGGUAAACUUACGCUAUGCAGUUGAAACUUGUAGAGGUUUAAUAGGUUACUCAAGUUUGAUGAAGUUAUGAUGGGCCUUUGCCCUUGAAAAAAUGAGGGUCAUAUACUCAAUCUCUAGCUUUGAAGGUGAAACUUAUCAGCGAUGGAAUUCCUAAAACAUCUAGCAUUUUCUUUGUUGAGUAGAUUCCUAUAUGUAUUAUAAAAAACUGUGCAAAAGACUGCUGAAAAUUUUCAAAUAAAUAAUCUUAUGAAUGGCAA